AUGAGCUCCGAUUCAGGCGAAGCUGCAGAAUCAACGACUGGUGCAGCAGCCAAAUGCUCCAUCGAUCUUGUAAACCUGGCAGUAUGUGCGCCUUUGCUGAACGUCAAAGUUGGCGAUCCCACAGGCGCAGCGAGUAAGCCUUGUUGUGCAGCGCUGCUGGGCCUGACGGACCUGGAAGCUGCGGUUUGCCUCUGUACGGCCCUCAAAGCGGAUCUGCUGGGACUCAACGUCGAUGCUCCGUUGGCUCUCAACCUCCUGCUCUCUACUUGUCAUAAGAAUGCACCACCUGCCUUCCAAUGCAAGUAA